GAAUACUCCGAGCGAGUUAGAGUCUUUCCUUCAACGGCAAAACCAAAACCUCUCAAGAGUUCCUUUUAUUGUUUUUUCAACAUCACUCUCCAUUUUUUGUAAAAAUAAAAAUAUCUAAUUUUUCUUGUGUGGCUCUCCAAACAUUUUCACGAAUGUUGUUCAUCAUCAACAUGAAGACCAUUCCACAUUCAAUUCUUAACCCAUAUUCGAAGAUUCACUCAAUUUUUGGGUCUUUUUUUGAUUUUUUUAUUCCGAGAAAAUCCCAAACGGAUAAUGCACACAAGGUGUUCGACAAAAUUCCCCAAUACUCAAAAUUGUGGGUCUCUCUCUGUUUGUUUAAGGCUUGUGUCACGUGGCUCUCACGUGAUAUAAAAAGCCAGCCUCUUCUUCUUCAGUACCUUACGGUUAUAAUCGUUGAUUGUUCCCGCCUCUACUCUCACAAAUCUCUCUGAAUCAUCGUGAUCCACAAAACAAAACCUUCGAGAGCAAGAAUCAUCGUGAAGAAUCGUUACUAUGGCGUCUUCUUUCAAGAAGGAUGUUAUGGCGGAAAGACUCUACAAAGACGCUGAAGAUCUCAUCGCUAAAGGAAAUCACAUCAAGGCCUUGGAGAUACUUGAAGAUUUGAUUUCAAUCCAUUGGAAUGCCAAUGACGCAUGGCUUCUUCAUAUCGAACAAGGUAAUGUUUUCGUAGACCUAGCUGAAAAAGCAGAGGACCGUGACAUGGAAGUCGCAUACUUGUUGGGUUGUGUUGCUUGCUUUUCGCAACAUGUGACGGUAUUUGAACUUUGUGCACAAUCACUCUUCAUGUUGGGCAGAAACCUUGCGUCUGUGUCACAUUACAAGAAAUGCUUGAAGAAAGCAAGAGAGGCUUUAUCUGAUAGUAACUCUAAGAAACUGAGUUCUUCUACUCCAGUGGCUUUCCGAGCCAUAGUAUCCCGAAAGAAGAAAGACCUCGAGGGUUUUAUCGAAGAUGCAGAGUCCAUGAUCGCUGCUUCCAAGACUUCUCCUUUACAAAAACCUGAGCCAAAAGUUCGGGACCCAGAGAAAACUCCAGAGCCGUCUAAGGAUGAUUUUCAGCGGUUUAGGUCCUAUUGGGUGGGAUUGGAUGUUAAGAUCAAAAGGGACUUUCUGAAAGUAAGCAUUGCAAAGCUUACAAGUUUUGUCGGGGGAAUACGUAAAAGAAAGGCACAAGAAGCUUUGGAGCAAGCUCUAGCUUCCAAGAAAGACAGAAAAUGGACAUUCUGGAUGUGUAGAACUAAAUGUUCCAAGAGGUGCUCUAGUGUUGAAGAAUGUAGGAAGCAUUUUGAACAACAACACGAUGCAGAUUUCAAACCUUCUUCAGAAAAGGAUAUAGUCAAGCGGAUAGGAAAUAACUGGGCUCGUAAGAUAUCGCUUGGAGGUUGGGAACCUGUGGAUGCGGUAGCUGCCGUUGAAAUGAUCAAGAAUCAGCUCGCAGAUGUUAAAGCGUUUGCAUCUAAAUCUAAGAAUGGAUGGUCCUACGAAUGGCCUUUAGCUGUCGAUGAAGAGCGCAAGCAGUUACUCCAGGAAAUCAAAUUGCUCCUUGUCUCUUUUUGCGAGCUGAAAAUACUCUCUGGUAGCAUGCGAGACUGGGUGAUGCAUUUUCCAGUUAAGUAUCUUGCAAAACUUGAAGUUUCCAAACAAGGGCUUAUCGAUUCUCACCUAUCAGAAACACCUCAGAGUAUCUGUUUUCUGGAAUGUCAUGAACUCACUCGAAUCCUAGACUUUCUGAAAACCAUCAAGUGUAAAAGGAAUGAUGGUACAGAUCAGGUUUGCACAGCAGUAGAUAGUGUCUUAGGUCGUAUUCAAGUCAAAGUAAAGAUCGACUUUGACCCUCAGUUUUCAUUUCUGCUUUUAGAUAAAAGACUGCUGAAAAUCAAUGAUGUUCAAUUCGAUGAUGAUGAAGGGACGAUCAAUGUUUUGGAUCCCAGUGCUCACUACGCCAAGGCACCAGUUCAUGGAGAUGAUAUCAUAUCCUGGUUAACUGACUACAAUUCAGUAGAUAAGACCUUUCCCAGACCUAUCAGGGAACACAAUCUUGAUAUCUGGUUGGCUGUUUUGAAAGCUGUUCAGUUCACCUGUAGGACUCUGGGAAACAAAUAUGCAAAGAAAGUACAGGUCGUGGACUAUGAUGCAGCUCUUACUGAUGUCGAGAACAUGUGUGUGAGCGAAAAUGAAAGGAGAAAGAAUCUGCCGGAAGAUCAAUGGAGCAGAUAUGCAUCUCUUCUAUGCGAUGUGUGUGAAGAGAGAGUCCCCAAAAAUUCCCUUACUACAAAAUUAUUCGUGCGUGCAGUAAGAGAUGUUUUCGAAGGAGCAUUGCAUCCAACACUUGAUUUCCUCGAUUUAGAAGAUUGCUUGAAUUUUAUACGUGAGCACAAAAGUCUCAGUGACGAUAAAGUGUUGCAGGCCAUAGACCUUCUGAAAUCAGUGGUCACCCAAAAGGUUCUUUUAAUGGAUACAAAGAUCUUGCUGAUUGAUAAUUCAAGGAUAAGUUUGCUAAACAACCUCACAAGGCUUUCUGCUUUUGAUAACCGCACUUAUAUCCUUCAACUGCUUAAACCUUUCUUGCUGAACGAAAUUGUGAAUAUGGAAUCCAAAGCCAAGUCAGAUGCAGCAGAAGCAGAUCUUUUAAACGAGUUGGAGAAGGAGAAGCUACAACCGAAGGAGAAGCCACAAUCAAAGGAGAAGCCACAAUCAAAGAAGAGGAGAGAUAGAACCAAAAAGAAACCUUCAACGAGCAUAUCUAGUCUCCUUGAUAAGACUGUUGAACAUAAACCUGAGAGUACAUCUCCAUCACUAAGAACGGUUGAAGAAGAUUCUAUGGAACCAGAAGAUGCUCUUGCAAGUGAGACGGGUAGAUUGGAAAUUUCAUCCAAAACAGAAAUUCAAGAGGAAGCUACUAAAGAUGACCCUGAUAUGCAUAGCAGACAUGGAGAAGAUCCUCUGUCGGACCAUUUGGAGUCAGCAGCUGGAGAAGCUGCAGCCAGAUACAAUUCAGCUCUUGACAUGACGCUGAAGGCCCUCUUGAGUAUUAAGAUUUUCAAAGAAGAUUUGAUGCAGAAUAGUCAACAAAUUCAAGACCAGCGGCAAGAACAAGUUCCUACUGCACUACAAAAUUUAUUUACUGCUGUUGUUUCAGAAGCGAUUCAAGAUGAGGGAGUCUACAGUUGCCUCUUGAGUGACUUUCUGACUUCCCAAGAAGAAUUUCUUUCCAUGUCGAGUGAUGCUGCUAAGGUGGUUGUAGCCGUCCUUAAUCUUUGGCGUUGUUGGAAAAAUCCAGAAAGAGAAAGCUUGGUAACUCGCCUGUUUACGUUGGUGGAAAACAAAAGAAUGAGUUGUAGAAAAUGCAGAAGGAUUACAAAUUCUCCAGUGCAAAGUUCUUAUGGCAUUGUUAUGGCUGCAGAUUCGAUCAGAGAACUGAAGUGUGCUUUUGGGAAUAUAAAGUUUGUGGAUAUCCUUAAGUUGAUCCGCCUGGGAUAUAAAAUGUUAUGUGACAAUAAAAAAGGAGGUUGUGGUAAGAAAAGCUAUGUUGAUCACAUUAUACGUAGAUGCCCGCCUAUCUUUACCAUUGUGUUGGAAUGGGAGAAGAGUGAAACUGAGAAAGAAAUAUCUGAAACAACAAAGGCUUUGGACUGGGAGAUAGAUAUCAGCAGGCUGUACGAAGAAGGCUUAGAAACAAACACUAACUACCGGCUUGUGUCAAUGGUUGGUUGUGGUGAAGGAGAAGAAGAACACGUAUGCCUAGCUUAUGAAAAGAAUCGGUGGGUCAAUCUCAGACGUGAGUGUUUUGCAGGAGAGGAUGUUGGUGACUGGAAGAAUGUGGUCAGAUUCUGUGGAGAGAGGAAGGUUCGGCCAGAGAUUCUGAUAUAUGAAUCUGUCCGAUUGAUGGCCUAGGAAGUGACAGUAUUGUAUCAAAAUAUGGAGAAAUCCAGAAUCGUGUUCUGUUCUCUCAGGGAGGGUUCCCUUUGAAAUUACAUUUGUUAUCUACACAGAAUCCUUUUUCUUGUUGUUGUUGUUGAAUCUUGAUAAGAAACUUCAGAUUAUUUUUGGCUCUUGUAUCGUAUGACCUUACUCUUACAGCACCAAACAUUAUAACAGAGCUUUGAAUAA